GUUUUUUUGUUUAUUUUGUGCUUUCUUUAGCUGUAAGUGCAGAGCAGCAUCUGUUUAUCACACAGCUCAGAUGGCCACUGUCUCAAACCACUGCAGCGCUGGGUCAAGAGACGAUUUACUCAGAGGGACACAAAAUGUCAUCACUGUCACCGCCCCGAGCCCAAAUGCGAAGUAAAACCGAUUCAACUCCAGCAGCAUCCCAGGGCUUUUCCCAGCAGAAAUCCCGCCCGGCACGAAUGGCACCAGGGCCAUCCCCAUGUCCUCUCCUCCGCCUUGAAGGUCACCCGAGCGUCCUGCGGUGACACCGGGAGCUGCUCCUCCCUCAGGGCUCAGGGAGCCUUUCCCACCUCUGUAUUCGGAGCAGGCUCCCGGCUCGGCUCUGAGGCAUUUCCCAGAGCCAUUUGCUGCUUUCCAGUCGAUUCUCAUCUCGGAGCUCUGGCCAUUCCCAGGGGGAAAACCCCAGGAAAUCCCCCCUUUCCUGGAGGCCGGGCAGUGGGUGGCCACCUUUCUCCUUGCUGCAGGAUGGAUACGCGUACAACAACACCGCUCCACUCCCCAAAACGCUUCGUGCCCUUUGCCAUGAAGAUCCCCGGGGGCCGUGGGGAAGGAGGGGGAAGGCGGAAGACCCCUCACACCCCCCACCCACCCCCCCCCCAGAAAGCGCGGGGCGGCUGCGGGAGGGGAGGCGGAUGGCGGGAGCGCUGAUGGCGGGACGCUCCUCACACCCGGGGGCUGAGGCGAUGGCAGCCGCUAGCCCACCUCGGAAUGGGGAUGGGAAGGCAGAUGGAAAUGGACGUGGAGAUGGGAGAUGGCAACGAUGAUGGGGAUGGGGAUGAAGAUGGCGAUGGGGCUGACGCAUGCGCACCGCGCACCGUCCAUCCGGGCCACCGACACCCCCCCUCUCCCCGCAGCACCCAGAGGUGAUGCGGGGCCGCGCACGCAGCCGCGUUCCCGCCGCUCCGCUCCUCCCGCCGCUCCCCGUUCCUCACGGCCGCCGGCGGGCACUGCGCGCUCCCGCUCCCUGCGCCGCGCCCUUUCUCCGCCGCUGCUGAGGGGAUCCCCGCCGAGGAGCAGCAGCAGCAGAAGGACGUGUUCAUGAAGCAGUGUUUGAGGUACAGGAAGAAAAGUUGUUUAAAAAGCUUUCGAAGAGUGAGGAUAAACUUCAGCAAUCCAGAGGCAGCAGCAAGAGCACGGAUAGAACUGCAUGAAACAGACUUCAGUGGCAAAAAGCUGAAGCUGUACUUUGCACAGGUGCAGGUAUCCAGUGAAAUAGGUGACAAGUCUUACCUCCUUCCUCCCCAACCUGUUAAACAGUUCCUGAUAUCUCCACCUGCAUCUCCACCAGUUGGAUGGAAACAGAGUGAAGAUGCAACUCCCCUGAUAAACUAUGACUUGCUUUGUGCUGUCUCCAAGUUGGGACCAGGGGAGAAAUACGAGCUUCAUGCAGGAACAGAAUCAACUCCUAGUGUAGUUGUCCAUGUCUGUGAAAGUGAAACAGAAGAGGAAGAUGAAAUAAAAAAUCCCAAACAGAAGAUCCUGCAGACCAGGCGCCCAGAGCCUCCUGCAACCAUUCGGAGUGAAUCAAAAGCCUUUGAUUGUGGCACUGGAGGUAGGGGGGUACCAUGCACUGUUAAACUCUGGGAUGCUCAAGGUAGUAUCAACCCCCAGACACUUCCUGAGUCCCAUGUGUUGAUGUCUGUACUGCUGCUAAUGUUCUGUAUAGCGACAACAGAUUUACUUGUAGUUGUCUCUCAUGUUCAAGACUUUGGGAUGCCAAUGCUCUGAAAAGCACUUUAAUUUUAGGGACUUGUCCCCCAAGCGUAGCAAAUCCACCUGACUUGAAGUAGUGAAAAAAUAGGAAGUCUGGUUGUGUUUUGUUUUGGUUUUUAAAAGCUGUUACCCCUUUUCUUUGUACUGUACAGUGUGAUGUACCAAGUGCUGGAAUAGUAUCUUUACUCACUGUCACAAUUGGAUUUAACAAAGUUUCAUUGUACAGCAUUUAAAAGUUGAUCUGUACUGGUACAAACAGCUUCCAG